AUGAUAGAGCGUUCAAAGAGGCAGAUCCAAAGUUUGGUCUGCACGACAAGGAGAUUGGCUGUUCACAUCCAGACUGCUGUAUACAGGACGUCCUUUGAAUUUGCAGACCAUCAACUUCCCCAAGGAAAUUGCAAAUCUGAGCAAAAUAUAGGUGAGUUGUAG